AUGGCCGCGAACUUUCAACAGCACAUGGGCGGUGCGGGCCCAAUGAUGCCACAACAGCAACCGCAACGACCAUCCGGCGCCACUGCUACUGGCCAGAUCCAACAACAUAUCUAUCAAACCCUCGCCGCGCAGACAGGGCAACUGACGGGAUGGCAAGCGGAGGUGUCGAUUCAAGAGCGCAUGGCCCUGGUGUUCAACCUUAUCGGGAAUCUACGCCUUGCAAGCCAACACCAAGCGAGUCCGCCCAACCUUCAUAAGAUGAUCGACUUAGGUAUUAAAUUCGAGAAGGACAUCUUCGACAAAUGUCCGGACAAAGCCCGAUAUAAACAGGAGGUGCAACAGAAGUUGGAGCAACUUGGGGAGCGACGUUCCCAAAACCAAGCCAAUCUUCAACAAUCGAUCAACCUUCAAGCCCAGGCUCAGGCCCAGGCCCAGGCCCAAGCCCAGGCUCAGGCUCAGGCUCAGGCUCAGGCCCAGGCUCAAGCCCAACAGCAAGCGCAAGCACAGCAAAUGAUGAUGAACCAGAAUGGUAUGCAAGGCCAGGUACCACGGGCUAUGAACCAGCAGCCAGGUCAGCAAGGCUUCCACCAUCUCCAGCACCAGAUGCAAGCUUCUCCAAUUCCAGGCCAACAACCCCAGCAAAUGCCUGUAGGAAUGUCGAAUGAGGGAAUGCUGCAGAAUAUGGCACAGAAUCAGCAACAACAAUUUCAGUUGUCAAUGCAACAGCCACAACCCCCACCCCAACAACCUCAAAAUGUUCCUGGUCGGCCGCAACAUGGACAGCAACAACUCAGUCCGGCAGACGCCGCCAUGGUCCAGGAGCUAACCAACAGAUAUAUGGCCGCUUCUACACCAGAGGAGAAGCAGCAGCAGAGGCUGACUUUGCAGUCGAGGAUGGACCCUCAAACAUUUCAAAGGUACCAGGCGCAAGGCGUGGACCCUCUUAUUCUCUAUUACCGCCAGGUCGCUUUGAAUCGAAUAAGGCAGGAAAGACAAACUCGGAUGGCUCAGGCCCAGCAGCAAGCGCAAAUGGCGAUGUCGCAACAACAGCCUCAAAACGUACCAACUACAGCGCCGCCUAUGCAACAGCAAAGAUCUAUGAACCCUAGCCCAUUAAAUGGGCAAGCGCAACCACCUGUAACAGUCGGGGGAAACCAGGAUUUUGGCUCAUUUAUGGGAAACAUGGGAAAUCUUAUUGACCAGCAACAACAGGGCGUAAUGGCGCAAGAGGCAGGACAGAUGGUGGUCCCAGCGAGUAGCGCCCAGCGCAAUGCCACUCCGCAGCCGGGUGUAAUGCCUGGGCAACAGAUAAAUAUGAAUGACCAACGUGCGGUCCCAAACCCUAAUGUCAGAGCUCAGCAACAACAGCAGAUGUUCAAUGCCCAGCAGGCUCAGCAGCAGAGAAUGCAGCACGCAGCACAGCAGCAGUCUCAAGCGGCAGCUCGAGCAACUGCACAAGCAAAGGCCCAACAGAUGGGUCUCCAGGGACAGCCCGGUGGAAUGGGUCCGGGUCCAAUGCCUCCGCAGCAGAGUCCAGCAAUGGGAACACUGAAUACGCCUCUGAGGACACCAUCUCAACAAGGGAAUAAUCCUGAGCAGCCUCAAAUAAACCCGAACGCACAGUUUGGGCAACCUCUUGAUCCACGUUUCAUGCAGGGAGGUCAGAGGCAGCUUGGUCCAGGAAAUGGAAUGGCAGGGUUGAAUCCAAUAUUUGCUGGUAUGCCGCCAGAACAUCAACAGCGCUUGGCUGCAUUACCACCGGACAAAUUAAACGAUGUUGUCAGUAAAUGGAACGAGCAACGUGGAGCACAAAUGAACGCUGCCAAUGCUCAGGCUGGACGACCCUCAAUGCCAAUGCAGGCAAAUAAUCAGAUCCGCCCGGGCCAGCAGGUGCCACAACCCGGCCAGUUCAAUCAUCACGCUCUCAACCAGUUCAUGAUAGCAAAUCCCGGUCAGCGACCGCCCCCAGCGUUAACAGCUGGUAUGAAUCCACAGCAACAACAGCUGCUCCAAUUGCAAUUGCAACGUUUCCAGCAGAAUGCAUUACAACAACGGAAUGCCCCCCUGGGUGGUGCUUCAAAUGAACAACGUACCCUCUUGCAAAUGGAUAACAUGGAAUUCCCUGCUUCAUUAUUGAAUCACCAACUCAUGCCUCGAGGAUUUCCUCCCGAGUUCAAGAAAUGGGGACCUUUGAAGCAAUGGGCACAAGCGAACCUUGCUCCCGAAGCUGUGGAGGGUAUUAAAACGCUCCAAAAGAUACACUAUCAAGGUCUUAUUCGUGCAAAGAAUCAACAAGCGGGCCAAAGCAUGGCUGCAAUACCGAACGGCGUGCAAGUGAGUCAGGUUGGAGCACCUCUUGCCGCCCCAGCUGGCAUAUCUGCCCCAGUCGCGCCUAUGGGUCAGAAUCCCAUGCAGAUUCCGAAUGGUAUCCAUAUGGGUUCUGCCCAGAUACGCCAGCCGACCCAGCAAGAAAUCCAGGCUGCACGAAACCACCCCAGUGGUAAGAUGGCUACGGCAACUGACGAUCAAAUCCGGGCUAUGCUUAUGAGGAACCAAUUAAAUAUGCAACAGCACCAACAAAGACAGAAUGCGAUACUUCAGAUGCAAAUGUCGAACCAGAUGCCCCAGAUGAACGGCCAGCAACCUCGUCCAGGAGUGCAACCGGCACAGCAAGGCGGGAACUUGAUGGCAGCCCAAAACUUGCCACAGGCGAAGCAAGCCCCUUCGGGGACCGAUCCCGCCAUCGCGACUUCUGCUGCCAAUAAUGCUCGUCCAGCUCGACCAUCUACGGCUGGACGUACUACUGCUCAAAACUCGUCGCCAGCGCAGCCCCCAAAGAAUUUGAAGCGCGCAAGCAGCGAUGAUGUAGUUGAAGUAUCCAAUCCCAAUACACAACAAACCCCUCGGCCUACACUUCAGCAAAACCAAGGACAAAAGCCUUCUCCCCACCAACCUCCUCGUUAUACCGAGCAACAGCUUGCUGCGCUCAGUCCUGAGGAGAGGAAAAAGUAUGAACAGGCCCAGCGCUUGUUCCAAGCUAGUCGAGGACAGGCGAGCGAAUUAGAGCAGCUACGGACUAUCAUGCAAGAGGAGUUACAACGUCGCGAACCACUCCCUGAUAUCCCCAUGGACCAGGAGACUAAGCAAACGAUGGUCAAUCUCUUGCGUGAAAUUCACGGUCCCUUGACCAACGUUGGAAAAGCCGUUCCGAAGUGGUUCCAGAUUACACGUGAUGUAGCUCGUGCCAGACUUUUCUUCCGUACUCGGCAUCGAUUACAGAAGCAGUUCCGGGAUAACGAGAUGACGCAACCAAGAGAGAACUUCUCUAUCAGGCCGGCAGAAGUAGAACAGGCUCGAGUUAUGUUGAGUUCCAUGGUCAAGGAUCUGAGUGACAGAUUCCCAAAGAUGAAGAAGCCUGAGGGGGUUCAGGGCCAAUCUCAACCCGCGCCUGCAUCCCAACCUACCCCACCGGUAGCGACUCCUACCAUCCCUUUGAAUGCCGCCAACUUACAACAGCAGCAGCAGCAAUUGAGCAAAAUCCAUCAAAGGUCUGGCAGUCGAAGUUCCCAACCCCCAGCAGCUCCGACUUCAUCGCAACCUCCGUUCCAAUUCGGCGCUACAUCUCCCCAUGGAGCCCCGAAAUACAGCGGUACCCCUGCAGCAAUAACGCAGGAAAACCUACAUAUUCCUGCCCGCAAGAAGCAAAGACAGAAUAACAAUACACCCGCCCAGAGUACCCCCGGCGCAAACGCAUCACCUCGGAUUAAUAAACCUGUUUCGCCUGAGACCAAGAGACAACAGAUUCCCGAUUCGAAACCGAAGCCGUCGCUGUGUUGUCCGGAGCCAGAGUGUGACCGACACCAGGUCAGCUUUGAUACAGAAGAAGCCCUCAAAAAUCAUACGGAGCAGGAGCAUGUCCGACCUUCGGCGGAUCCAGCCAAGUAUGCUCAGGAGAACCUUGCCGCAAUUCUCGGUAUGGAUUCCCAGGGCCAGUCAAACAAGCCUGGGGGACCUACACCCACGGAUGCUAAGGUGGCCGCGAGUGGGACACCAAAUCCCAAGGGUGAGGGUACACCUGCUGGAGCUAAUACUCCGACAAAUCGUCAAGUAUCCAUGAGUCGCCAAGGAACCUCUAACACGAAAGCACCCUCAGAACCCGCUAAGAACAAUUCAGCCGACUCGAAGAAUUCUAGCAAGCAGCCUGCGCAAGAGGCAGACCCAUGGGCAAGCUUUACUAUCAAUCCUCACGAGAUAUUCCAAGAUUUUCAAGGGUUUGAGAGCGGGGCUUCAGGCGCCAUCAGUGACAUGAAUGUUUACCGGUCAAUAACACCGAAUGAUACACCAGAGUCUUCUAAGGACGGGCUUUCGGAGCCAAAUUCCGACAUCUCCGAGGGCGUAGGCCUAGACAUCAACCUUGACAUUUUCGAUGAGAAUUGGCAACCAUUUGGCAGCGACGCCGAUUUCUUAGCUGAUAUGAAUGGCAUCAAUGUUAAUGGCGAACAAGAUUUGGUGAUGCUGGAGGAGGAUCCGGUAACGGCUCUCGGAUCGUGGGACGAUAUGAUCGAUCCUACCGCUUUCGAUAAGCCCUUUCAGUUCGACAAUUCUCUUUACUCGAUGAAUGCCGCUUAA